GUUUUUAUCGAAAGGUUGAACAUUUUUCGCUGCUGCUCUAAAGGUCAUUCUAAAUGGCUUUAGAUAUUUAAUAUAAGUGACAUAUUUAAGGUCAAAGUGUAAAGUAAACAUAACAUUUGUUCUUCGAGCUCGAAAACAAUGUUUUUAAAACAUUUCCGAGACGUUUAAUACGAUUAAAACAAAGAGCGCACGUAUGCACACGCAUACAUGCACACAAGCGUAACGAAAAACAAGUUCUAAUAGGAAAGGCAAACUAACACAAAGAAGCAACAGCUUGCAGUCUUCACUUGGGCUUCAUGAUGGGCACAAGCAGCGGCAUUAAACUCGAAGCAGAGAGCCGAGCCAUGGGCCUGAAUCACCCAAGCGGCAGCAACAACAGCAGCAGCAGCAAUGCAGCAGCAGUUGCAGCCGGAAAUGCUGCCAGCUCGGCGGCUGCCGCUGCUUCUCUCUCAUCCGUGGAAUUGUGCCUGGUGUGCGGAGACCGUGCUUCCGGUCGUCAUUAUGGCGCCAUCAGCUGUGAGGGCUGCAAGGGCUUCUUCAAGCGUUCGAUUCGCAAGCAGCUGGGCUAUCAAUGUCGCGGCGCCAUGAACUGUGAGGUGACCAAACACCAUCGCAACAGGUGUCAAUUCUGUCGGCUGCAAAAGUGUUUGGCCAGCGGCAUGCGAAGUGAUUCCGUGCAGCACGAACGCAAACCGAUUGUGGAUAGAAAAGAUGGCAUAAUCUCUGGUGCAAUGGGCAAUGUGUCGGGCUCGUCGGGCAAUGCAGGUGGCCCCACCAGUGUCUCCUCGACUGGCAAGUCGAGCUAUCAGCAGGUGCGUGUGAAGCAGCAGCAACAUGCAUCGGCAGCAGCUGCGGCUGCUGCGUCGGCUGCAUCCGCUGCAUCACUCUUUCAGCAUGCAGCCACGCCCGCCGUAGGCAACACACCAACAACGCCCUUUGGGCUAAGCGAGAAUCUGUUCCCAAUGAGUCUGAAUUUUGCGGAGCUGACACAAACGCUGAUGCUCGCUUCGCAGCAACAACAGCAGCAGCAGCAGCAACAACAGCAACAACAACAAGCAGCCAGCAGCAAUGCAAAUAGUCACUGUUACUCUAUAGAGCUGACCAAGCCGGAGCUAGAGGAGGAUGACGAUGAUUCCAUGGACAAUAGCAGCACCUUGUGCCUGCAGCUGCUGGCGAACAGCGCCAGCAACAAUAAUUCACAGCAUUUAAAUUUCAAUGCAGCAGCUGCUGCUGCCGCAGCAGCCGAUGCGUCCACUAUACCCACUCCCGCCACGGUGGGUCUCAUUCAGAGCUCGCUGGACAAGCGAGCCAUAGAUAAGGCGCUGCAACUGCUGCAGCCCAUACAGCAGCAGCUGGACAGAAAUCAGACUGGACAGACCACAGCUGCAUCGCUGAGCAUAAAGCCCGAAUGUGAUUCGGAUGCAGAGGACAGUGGGACUGAGGAUGUGGACACUGAUCUGGUCGAGCACAUGGACUUGGAUUUUGAGUAUUGUCAUCGUGGCGAUUUUGUAGCCAAUGAGGCGAUAUUUGCACAGGAUCUGUUUGCCUCCGAGGCGCAGUGUGCCUUCCUGGUGCAGCCGCCCACGUUGGUCCAUUCGUAUCUCAAUAUGCACUAUGUAUGUGAAACCGGUGCCCGGAUCAUCUUUCUGACUGUCCAUACGCUGCGCAAGGUGGCCGCCUUUGAGCUGCUCGAUGCGCACACUCAGAUGAAGCUGCUGCGGGGCGCUUGGCCCUCGCUGCUCGCUGUGGCGUUGGCUCAGUGCCAACGUCAGCUGGCGGUGCCCACUAUCAUUGGGCAGUUGGUGCAGAGCGUGCGCCAGGUGGCGGACAUUGAUAAGAUCGAGCCACAGAAGAUUGCAAAGCUGGCCCAGAUCACGCGCACUCUGCACGACUUUGUGCAGGAGCUGCAGACGCAAGAUGUGACUGACCUGGAGUUUGGACUGCUCCGUCUCGUGUUGCUCUUCAAUCCGUUGAUGCUGCAGCAGAAUCGACGCGAACGCUCGCUGCGCGCUUAUGUUAAACGUGUCCAGCUCUACGCUCUGUCCACGCUGCGUCGUCAAAGCGGCGGCGAAGAGCGUGCAAAUGGAUUAUUUGCUAGUCUGUUGCCGUUGAGCGUGCUGGAGUCGGAGCUAACCGAGGAACUGUUCUUUGCCAAUCUGGUAGGACAAAUGCAAAUCGAUUCGAUGAUACCCUUCAUCCUGAUGAUGUGCAACAGCAAUGGACUGUAGUGGAAAGGGAGACGACCCAAAGCAAGACUGAUUGGAGGCAGAGAACGUGGGUGGCAAGGGGCCAAAACUGCGCCAAGUGCGGACAAUACUUAGCUUAUAGCAUAUAGAAAUUAUACAAAAUAUGAUUGAAACCAGCUUUGAAAUUCAUUUUU